AGGGUAUUAUAUUUCCGCUGUAGCUGUCCUCUAAGAAACACUUGUUGCUCUUUAGUAUAUUGACAGCUCUAGAGAAUGGUUACAUUACAAUUACAGCAAAUGAGUCAGCUGCCUUUGCUAGAUGGGUUUCAAAAAUAAAGAACCUACUAGAAAAACAGCAUGCCGUUCUGUUCGAUCCUGAGGUUGGCGGCUUGGGUGUUGUGCUUUUAUCUUUUUCUGCAUCAUUCCCAAUCUGAAAAUACCGAUGGGGUGGUUAAUAACAGCAACAAUAGCUCACAGGAACAUGUUCUGCCGACUCCGCUAAUUCUGCACUUGAACCAAUCUGCAGCACAGUUGCUGAUUCAGGAAGCCAAUAAUCUGUUCGUGUCCAAUACCAGCAUUAAUGAUAUCAUCAGUGAUAACGAAACUCAUCAAAUGCUUAUUCGCUACAGAGAAAGAAAAAGGCAGGUCAGGAUAUUAUCUAUCCAACGGGACAUUCUACAAAAACUAGGAUUUACACGAGGACCAAAUGUAACUGCUCGUCUUUCGGCUGAAGAGAGACAAUCGCUUGUGCGUUCUUUUGACAGAACGGUGAUGGAACGGACAGAAUUAAAUAGCACCAACAAUACCUCUUGUGUGGAUUCCGAUGACAACACUUGUUAGAACUCCUAAAGUUCGUGACAGGUAUUAUUUUCUGAAACUUAUACAAAUCAUGCACUCAGUACCUGACACAUAGACUGUUAAUUUGAUGAAAACAAACAGCUUCAAGAACAAUGGACAUGUAGCGAUGAGUCAUAUACAGUUAUCAUAUACAACAGUGAUGGGAGUGUUCAAACGUUCUCUGCUCUUCUUUCACAUCAUUUGAAAACCAUGCAUGUAUAAUUACUUUGUGUACAUAAAUUUUGUGCUGUGUUUGGAUUUUACGUGAUUGAAAAUCAUGCACGUAAAAUGCUGUGUACUGCAUGCUGUGUUGGGAUACAUUAAUUUGACUUUAAAAAUAAUUCUGGAUUGAAUUACAUUUUUAAAAUAGGAAUCCUCUGCACAAAACAAGAAUGAAGUUAUUGAUUUCUGCCAAAUAAAUUAUCCACUCUAUGAAUAAAACUAAUUUUUAUUUCCUUGUAAUAGGCAAACACAGUCGAGCCUUUAUAUAUUGGAACUUAAAGGGUUCUAAGAAAAAAAUCGACUCAUAGAAAUGUCGAUAUAAGAAACGCCAAUGUGCGGAAAUACAUGAUGGAUUUUUUUUUCAUUUAUUUAUUAAAACAAAUAUGCAUAGUUUAUUUUUUUAGGUUCAAAACGGACUUUAAAAAAUUAAAAUACCAAAGAAUUUAUUUUAGAAAAUGAUCAAAUAAUCAAGUAGUAUCCAAAAUUGUUAAUAUCACUGUAAUCAAAAUUUUAUAUUUUUUGUCAUUUUUUUUUUCUUUUGUUUUCUAGAUCUUUGUUCAGUUAAAUUUCUCUGGCACACUGUUCACUAAGAUUUCUAUUCAGGGAUCAUAUUCAAUAUUAGAAAUCUAAAGCUAAAUAGAAUUUGAAGAUAAAAUUUCACUUCAUAUUAAGAAAUAGAUUCUUAGAACAGAAGGUAAGAGUAACAUAUGACUCAACAUUCAUCAACGAUUUCCGGUUUCACUGGAAUUUUUCAUGCAGUAAGAAUCGGUAAAAAAUAAAUUUCGUAUUUAUUUAAUAUUUCUUUUUAUGAAAGAAAUCAAUGGCCUUUUCUUACAGCAGCUAGUACACUUUUUUGUGCACAUUUUUUAUUCGAUUUAUACAAAUUUUAUUCGAUAUAUAUAAAAAAAAACUUUUUCUAUUAAAAGUCCAAAGUUUCUGAAAAAAUCAAUAAGAUCUUUGAAUAAAGAAUACUAUACUUUAAUUGAAGCAAAUUCGGUUUAAUGGAAAUUGGAGGAAGGGGGGGGUCGACUUAAUUACAAUUCGUAAUUUUGUAAUUUGAAAUCAACAAUCAUUUCAAGAAUUUUCAGCUCGUUAUUGAUAUGUUCUUUAAAUGCAUAUGUAAUUAAUGAAAUUGUGUUGUUUUAUAUAAUAGAUAAAUAACGGUGUUUUAAUUUAGUAAACUAUCCCAAAGAUUAUACGAAAAGUCCACUUCCUUUUUUUGCUGCGACAUAAAAUACCUUAUAAAAAGAGAGCUAUAAAUAAUUAACUCGCAAAUCAAAAUAUUCAAGUUCAAGAAAUUAAUAAAAAUUCUUUAAUGAUGAAUAAUACAUUCACAUCAUUUGUGCAUCUAUUGUAAAUAAAUUGUUUUCUUUUCAAUAAAAAGUUUUUGAACUAUGAGGUGUUUGAUUUGUCUGACUUGUUUUUGUAACUUAUUUGUUUUAUGUUUGCUAAAAUGGAAUUUUGUAAUCGAUAUUUUACUCGCUUCCUUAUGUUCUGAUGGCUUGAAAUUUUGCCCAUUUAUGUAUUCUCAGUGACACUACACUAUUUUAAUA